AUGGAUGCCUGGAACUGGGUGCAGCAGCUGGGACCGGCCAUGUCGGCCAUGCGGCGCCAGGCAGCCCUCAGACAGGACGAGAACCUGCCUGCGGGCGCCCUGAAGGACCAGGACGAGGCGCCGCACCUGCCAGAGGGGAUGGCGCGGGCCCGGCAGGCCGCCCCCGUCUUCCAGCCCGCAUCAUGCGGAGAUCGCCAACUGGCGUCGCCAUCGGCACCACGCCACCCGCUGCAUCAGCUGCCACCGUCACCCGGCCAGCUGCCGCACCUGGGCUUCCCGCUGCUGCAUGUGAAGGCUGAGCAGCUGGGAGCCUGGCCUGCACCCAGCCAGGAGCCGGGCAGCAGGCGCGCAUCCCAGCCAGGUGACAGCACUGCUGCAGCCACCACUGCGGCGGCAGCUGGCACCGCGCCCAUCCCUCCUGGUGCCAGCAGCAGGCAGGCGAGGGCAGCCAGCAGGCGCACGGCGGAGGCUGCUGGCCGCGAGGCAGCUGCGCGAGGUUCGGCCUCCAGCAGCGGCACCUCGACCGGAGCAGUCCAGCCCGCUCCACGUGGCAGCCGCCUGCCGCGGCGCGCCCGCGCCGGCAGCACGGCAGCGCACCCUGGCGGGGACGCCUCUGCUGCCGAUGACUUCAAGCUGCGCUGGCUGGGCGACGCAGCAGUGGUGAUGGUUGGCUGGCCGCUGGCCAGCCGCUUGGCCAUUGCCCCAAAGUGCCUGCCCAGCAAGAACAAUGUGGGGCGGGGGCCUGCCGCCGCCAAGGAGCUCAGCCUGGGCGAGGGAGGGCCCUCCUCCAUCGACACGGCCCGCUUCCAGCCCCUGGCUCUAGACUGCCUGCCGCAGCCCAGCCUGCUGGGCCACAGCCAGCUGUAUGUGGGCAUCGGGGAAGAAUUCCGGCCCAUCCAAGACACUAUGAACAGACUGAUCUAUGGCUUGAAGCUGGGCAUGCAGGCGGGGGUGCGGCGCCUGCUGCCAGCGCCGCCGCUGCCAGCGGAGGAGGGCGGUGACGAGGAGGGCUGGGCGCCAGCAGGGGAGAAGGGCGGCAACAAGAAGAAGAAGGAGGCAGCAGAAGAGCUGGAGCCGUUGUACGGCCUCCUGCUCCCUGCCGGCAGCGCUGUGGCGCGCGCCGACAUCCUGUCGCAGCAGGAUGUGGAUCUGAGCAUGGUGGCCAUCUCCAUCAAGCGCGGCGGGCGCGCAUGCAACCUGAACGGGCUAUACCUGCCGGAGGGUGUGCUCGCGGCGCCUCAUGCCGAGCUGAUUGGCAACAUGAUGGCGCACCUGCACAGCACCCCCGGCACGGCGCAUGAGGUUCAAGCCGGUGUCCGCAGGCUGGCAGCCAGUCAGAAGGCAGCCAGCGGGUCGCCGCUGUCUGCAGCCGAGCUGAGCCAGGUGCAGGUGCUGGCUGAGGUGGCGGUGCUGGUGGUGGUGGCCGUGCCCAGCAAUCUGGUGAAACGGAAGGGCGACCGCUUGAAGGACAAGCUGGAGUCAAUCAUGAGCGAGCGCUGCGCUGCCCGCGUGCCCAUCCGCAUCGACUACUCGGGCAAGAGCCCCGCAGUGUGUGCGGGCGAGGGCGUGGUGUGCCCCGUGCCGCCGCACCCGGCCUGCCUGGACAUGCAGGCGCUGAAGGUGCAGGCCAUCGGCUGCUGGAGGCCCUACAGCCUGGGCUGA